CGCGUGUCCACCCUCACCCUCCAGGUCCCCGCCAUGGCCAUGAACACUACCUCCCCGCUGGCCUCCUCCUCGGGGGCUUCUGCCUUCAUCUCUCUGCUGUCGAUCAUCCUGCUGUCCGCAGCACUGGUUGUGGGGCUGCCUGGCAACAGCUUUGUGGUGUGGAGCAUCCUGAGAAGGAUGCAGAAGCGCUCCGUCACUGCCCUGCUGGUGUUGAACCUGGCCCUGGCCGACCUGGCCGUCCUGCUCACGGCUCCCUUCUUCCUGCACUACGUGGCCCGGGGCACCUGGCGCUUUGGCCAGGCCGGCUGCGGCCUGUUCUACUACAUCUGCGGAGUCAGCAUGUAUGCCAGUGUCCUGCUCAUCACGGCCAUGAGUCUGGACCGCUCUCUGGCCGUGGCCCGCCCCUUUCUGUCCCAGAAGCUGCGCACCAAGGCGAUCGUCCUGCGGGUGCUGGCAGGCAUCUGGGUGUUGUCCUUUCUGCUGGCCACGCCGGUCUUCGUGUACCGCAAGGUGGUCCCGGGACGGGACAACAGGAGCCUUGUCUGCUUCCCGCUGUACACCAGCAAAAACCACAGGGUCUUCCACCUGCUCUUCGAGGCCCUCACGGGCUUCCUGCUGCCCUUCCUGGCCGUGGUGGCCAGCUACUCGGACAUCGGGCGCCGUCUGCAGGCCCGGCGCUUCCGCCGCAGCCGCCGCACCGGCCGCCUGGUGGUGCUCAUCAUCUUGGCCUUCGCCGCCUUCUGGCUGCCCUACCACGUGGUGAACGUGGUUGAGGCGGCCCGGGCGCUGAUGGGUCAGCCCGCCUGGGCGGGACCCACGGGCCAGCGGCUGUUGCUUGCACGUAACGUGCUCAUCACGCUCGCCUUCUUGAGCAGCAGCGUGAACCCCGUGCUGUACGCGUGCGCCGGCGGCAGCCUGCUGCGCAGGGCUGGCGUGGGCUUUGUCGCCAAGUUGCUGGAGGCCACAGGCUCUGAGGUGUCCAGUUCCCGCCGCGGGGGCUCCCUGGGCCACACUGUGAGGGGCACCCCAGCCUCCCCGGAGCCUGGCCCCGCCGAGAGCCUCACCGUGUCCACUAAUCCUCUGGAGUGAACGGAGCUGGGGAACUGGCGGGUUGCCCACCACCCCCGCAAGCCCGGCUAAUGUUGUGCCUGCACAGGGGGCUGGGGGGAGGGCACGCUCUGGCCUGGCAGCGGCCCCCUG